UUUUGGUUAUUUCAUGAUUGAUGAUCAGAAACCACUUGGAUUUGCAUCGCAUUUGAAUGAUCACUGAAAUUAGUUGCUAGUUUUGGAUGACGCACUUGUAUUCGGUUGCAGCUAUAUAUGGCUUCCAACCAGUUAGUUUUUACAAAUCUUUUUUCUUUCCAUGUUUCUCAAAACUUUCUACUGAGCGCUUUUGUGAUUCUCCUGCUUGGACUGUUGCUUGGAGUUUAGGGAAUAAGCACCCACUUGGAAGACUAACAAGAAGAUAUUUAUGGUGGAAUACUUCGUGGCCUAGAGGUUGUAUAUAUUUUAGAACUACUUCAUUUUAUACUUUGUUGAACCUCAAAUUCUGCAUAGUUACCGCUCUUUGCAAAAUGUGCCAACUCCCUCGAGCGACAAUCUAUUCUAGAAAGGAAAGUUGUGUAUUGACCAAAAUCGUCGUCUAUUUCCGGCAGCGUUUUAAAUAUCAAAUAUUAACCACUCAUUUUAGAGCCUUUUCAAACUUGUUUUGUGUUCUUUGCUUGCCAAUACAGAGUUUGACAGGACCCCAGCUGGCCUUUAUCGAUCCAAGUUCUUUUUCUUCAAGAUGGAAGAUUAUGAGUAUUUUAAGCAUACUUUUGUUUCUAUUGGGCUCCUUAUUAGCUGCUGCUGAAACUGCUGCAACAACUUUGUGGCCUUGGAAACUGAAGGAGCUCGCAGAAUCUAGUGGAUACAACUCACCUUUUCAGAUAUUGGAAAAAGACAUUACUAGAUUUUUGACCACUAUUCUGGUAGCAUCAACGACCGUGAUGGUAUUUGUGACUGCUUUUACUACAGAAGCAGCAACCAAAUUAUUUGGAGAUAUGGCAUUUGGCUAUACAAGUGCCUUGAUGACAGUUUUCUUCUUAUUCUUUGGGGAGAUUCUGCCAAAGUCACUUGCAGUGUCCAAUCCUGUUCUAGUGCUGAGAGCUACUUUGCCAAUAGUAUCAUUUCUUUCGCUCAUGCUUUAUCCAGUUGGAAAACUAUUUGCAGUGUUUGCCAAAACCAUAUUAAGAGUAUUUCGUAUUACAGUGGAAGAUACUACCGCUGUAUCUGAGGAGGAAUUGAGGUUGAUUGCUGCUGGUGCAGGUCGUUCAGGAAGUAUUGAAAGAUAUGAACAAGAUAUGAUUGAAGGUGUCUUAGAUUUAGAGGAGACGAAAGUUUGCGAAAUUAUGUGUCCUCGAGUGGAAAUGGUUUCAAUAAGUGCGGAAGCCUCGUUAAAGGACUUGUUGAGGUUGGAAAAAGAUCAUCAUUAUUCCCGAACACCUGUAUAUGAAGAUUCCAUUGACAAGAUAACUGGAAUUGUAUACUUCAAGUCCCUUUUACAGUUUUUGAACGAACCUGAACAACUUGAAACGGUAAUAGUGCGAGAGCUAAUGGAGCCUGUCUUUUUUGUACCAGAGUCGAUGCCUGUUUGGAACGUUUUGGAGCAAAUGAAAAAGAAACGACAACAUAUGGCUAUCGUUGUAGAUGAAUAUGGCGGAACUGCUGGAUUGGUCACAUUGGAAGAUAUUGUUGAGGAGAUUGUUGGAGAAAUAUAUGAUGAGGAUGAUGUAGAUGAGAACACGGAGUAUAUUUGUCAAGUCAGCGAAGGAGUGUAUUCAAUCAAAGGAAAUACAAAUAUGGAACAUUUAUGUAAAGUAUUGGAAGGUUUAUCCUUAAGUCAUGAUCCCGAAUUGGACCAAUUCGAAACCAUUUCCGGAGUGAUAUGUCACAUGAUUGGACGGAUUCCAGAUGUUGGUGAAACUUUGCACCUUGGCAAUUACCUCUUUACAAUUAUGCAAACAGAUGACCGCCGUAUCUUAUUGCUUCGAGUUGAGAAACAAGUUCACAGUCCAUUACCUUCAGAAACAUCCUCUAGUCUGGUUAAUGGAAACUACUCGGCUUCGGAACUUGAACAAUAACUAUGUAUCACAUUGAAGUAACCUUCACAAUCAAAAGAAAUAACUAAGAAUGAUAUUGAUUGUAAAAAGGGUCCUUCCAUCUCAAUUUGUUCAUUCGUUUUCGCGUAUCGGCUGUAACAUACAGGAAUUGUCUCGAUAUUUCAUCAUAAU